CUCCUUCGUUUCCUUCCACGUCAACAUGGGGGUGUUCACGCCGCGAGCCCUAUGCCUCUUCCUGGCCACUGCCACAGCCACGGCAGCCAGCUCCUCUGGUACUUUGGGCAGCUCGGUGUCCCCGCGUGGCAAGGACUACUUUGACUUUGAGAAGUUCCAGCUGCAACCGACCGAUCUGCAGCAUCUGGAUGCUUCCGAGGCAGCCCUGUUCGACUUCGAUUCGUUGCAUGGUCACAAUGCCAACACCCCCCGGUCGCAGGCCUCCUGCAAAGUUUAUCCAGGGGACGAGGAUUGGCCAGAGGACGCAAAAUGGGCCUCGCUGAACAAGACAACUGGAGGGGCUCUUGUCAGAGCUGUUCCCCGUGCCUCGACCUGCUACAGUGGCCCGGGGUAUGAUGCUGCCGACUGCGAAUACCUGACCUCGCAAUGGACCGAUUCGUAUUUCCACCUCCCUGACCCUAUUGAGAUGCUGUCCCCUGUAUACCAGGGUCUCACGUGUCAGCCCACCAACGACACUGACGCAAAAUGCACCAUGGGUGGUUACCCUCUUUACGUUAUCAAUGCCACCAAUGUUGCUCAGGUGCAAUUGGGUAUUAACUUUGCACGCGAGACGGGUGUUCGUCUGGUCGUCAAAAACACCGGCCACGACUUCUCGGGCAAGUCUGGUGGUGGCGAGUCUCUGAGUAUCUGGACGCAUAACCUUAAGGACGUUAAGUAUAUUGAAAACUACGAGGCUGAAGGGACGGACUGGACUGGGGCUGCGUUCAAAGUAGGGGCCGGAGUUCAGGCGUAUGAGAUCUAUAAGACCGCGUCGGAGCAGGGUUUGAUGGUUGUGGGGGGCGAAGGCCAGACUGUCGGUGUAAUGGGUGGCUACGUUCUUGGCGGAGGCCACUCCCCACUGAGCUCUCUCCUCGGCAUGGCUGCGGACCAGGUCCUGUCAAUGGAGAUUGUCACUCCUGACGGAAAGUUCUUGACGGCUUCGUUUGUCGAGAACGAAGAGCUGUUCUGGGCAUUGCGCGGUGGUGGUGGCGGCACCUUUGGCGUCGUCACGUCCGUCACCAUCAAGGCAUACCCAACUAUUCCUGCGACAACAUCAACCUUCACCUUCUCUACGGGCGGGGAUAUUACCUACGACAAUUUCUGGGCAGGCUUCAGAGCCUACCUUGACUAUUUCAUCCCCCACUCCGACGCAGGCAUCUACGCGUACUUCUUCAUCACACCCGGAACAGAUGGCGGAUUCACCUUCCUCAUGCAGCCAUUCUUUGCUCCCAACAAAACCCUCGAAGAGACCAACGCCCUUCUAGAUCCCUGGUUCAAACAGCUAAAGGAUCUAAACAUCACAGUCACCCCAAAGACAGUCCAAUACGACAACUACUACGACGCAUGGCAGGACUCCUUCCCCCUCGAAGUCGUCGAAAAGACAACAGCCGGAACAUCAUCCCGCCUCUUCCCCCGAGAAAACUGGCAAGACGAGGCCCGUCUCAACCAGACAUUCGACGCCAUCAAGGCCUCCUCCGACGCAGGACUCAUCCUCAUCGCCUUCAACAUUGCCCCAACGCUCGAGAACGGCGGCAACCCCGAUAACGCAGUUAACCCCGCGUGGCGCAGCGCCGUUAUGCACGCCAUCUCCAGCACCCGCUGGGCCGAGGAUGCCACUGUCGAUGAGAUAAAAUCUGCGCGCCAUGACUUGACAUACAAGCACAUGCAGCGCUGGCGCGACGCCAGUCCUGGUUCUGGCGCUUACUUGUCCGAGUCGGAUCGUAUGGAGCCGGACUUCCAGCAGGCGUUCUAUGGGUCCAAGUAUGAACGCCUCCUGGCGCUGAAGAAGAAGAUUGACCCGAAGGAUGUGUUUUAUGCCGUUACUGCUGUGGGGAGUGAGUCCUGGGAGGUUAUCACUGAGAAUGGGCUUCCUGCGGAGAAUGGAAAGCUUUGUCGGGUGGAGUAGGAGUACAUAUUAAGUACUUGUAUAAUUAU